AUGCAAGAAGUAGAGGAAGGGGGAGAUGAAGAAGGAUUUAGUAUGUUUGGUGCAGAAGAAAUUGCCGUUCUAUCACUCUUUGAUGAUGAAGUUGAUAAACAAACCAAGAGAAAUAUUGUACUGAACGUACAAAGAGAGAGUUUGUAUGAUUCUGGAAAAAGAUAUAUUCCAUCUAAAGAAGAUAUGUACGAUUAUUUGUCUGGCAGCGGCUCUCGCCCAGACAUCCCCGAACCACCUAGGAAAAUCGAACAGUCACUGGUGGAACAAAAAGAAAAACAGAUAUUACUUAGACAAAAAUCUAGUGACCACCAAUUCACUAGCAUGAGAGAAGGCCCAUUACCUGAAACGACAGAAGGUCGGUACAAAAGAAUCCUGACGCCUGUGCGGGAGUCUUCUUACCUAUACCACUGCGACAAAGUGCUGGCGUCUCCAGUUGCAAUGGAGUUGAGAGGGACAUAG